GUAUUCAUAUUUCAGUAGCUCCCUUUGCACUGUUAACUGGGGCGCACGUUACAAAUCUCUCAGUAGACUGCCUACCGGCGAACCAUGAACAUCCGAUAGAAAAAAACUAAAUUUUUUGAAAAGUGAAAACAAAAAAUAGACCACCGAUUUUUUUUAUUUUUUUUUAUAAUUUUCGGGUUUGACAAUGGUGUCGAAAGGGGUGGUGUUGUCAUGUCACGGGAUGGUUUGGUUGGGAGCGGUGGCGCUUGCGCUGUGGGCGGGCGGCGCGCGCGCAGCCAUGCGCUACGACACGGCUACGCCGCAUACUCCGCCCUACAGCAAGUAUAAAUAUAUACCGUUGCAUGUCGACGAGAUCCCCGAAGCUUCCCUUUCAUCUCCUACUGAGGAAUCUUCGAGCAGGAUGCCGAUCUCGGAGUUCAUCCUGACGGCACUGCGCACUGCCCUGGACGUCGUCAGGAAUGUGAACAAGCAGCGAGCCAUUGCUGCGUCUACUGUCAGUAAUAAUACUGCUGUUGCGGUCCAACACCCGAAACGAACUAGAACUAGGCCAAGGAACGGGACAGUGGGUACCGGCAGAGGCUUCGAGGACUAUUAUGAUGAAGAUCACCAUCACCACUAUGAAGAGACCACCACUACCAAGCCGAUGAAGCAGAAGGCCAGGUACACCGACCCCUGGGCUGGGUACUACGACUGGAUCAUCAACGAGGGGUCUUUUAAGUUCUGGAGUGUGUUCCAACUGUUCACGGCAGCACUACUCCUGUACGCGUGCCUCUCAGCUAUCUACUACGCGAAGUUCAACCCGAUCUUACCCGACUACGACAGGGAGUAUGACGACUACUUCCUCGAGCGCACAGUCGGCAGACAAGCGAGGAGUCUGGACCCCAGUGAGCUGCCCUCAGGACACAGUUGGAUUAAUCCCAGGACCUUCCAGUUUAUAUUAGACGCUAUAGCCAAACAUUAUGAAGAGGAAUAGGGUGUUAGAUUACGUUAUGGUAGGUUAAUGCGGGGUAACGAUGAUUUUGACUUGAGAAUGAGACUUAAGAAAUGGUAUCUGAAAGUGUAGUGCCAUGACAUGAAAUUGGAUUUUAAGUUUGAUGGGACUACUAAAUAAUAAUCGAAAGUUCUGAUACCUGUAAAUGGGGUACGUUUGAUAACAAAACUGAAAAUUAUUUUUUCAAUUGUCGGAUAACAGCAGUGAUCCUUGUUACCCUGUAUUAAAAUAAAACUAAAUAUUUGACUGAAACAAUGCUCAAAUAUGGUCCGACAAGACCAAAGUAAAUUAAUGCGGCCUAGGACAAGGUAGACUUGAUUUGACAGAACUUAAAAUGUAAGUUCUCUUUGAAUCAAGUCUCCAAAUUUUGAAAAAAUUAAGUAUUAUUUAAGUUAAGUUAUGCUCAAAUUUAGUUCCUAGA